UUAGGGCUGGAGCUAGUGGUUGAGGGGUCGGCCGUUAGGGUUUUCAGGUCAGGGUUUUUGUGUGUGUGUUACUGUGUGUUACUGUGUGUUACUGUGUGCUUGCAAAGGGCCUCCAUGUGAGUAUAUGGUGUGUUUGUUUCAGUCGACCCCAUCUCUAAAUAUAGACAGGGUAAGCAUGAUGAGAUGGGAGUGUCCCACAGGAUGCUGAUUAGGAUAAAGUAUUUCAACCUCCGCACAGACACAGCCCAAGAUGCAGUCAGAACUAUCUUUGUUCUGCAAUCUUCGACGAGAGGAAGAGCAGAAUACUUUAUAAUUCCACACAAAGACAUAAUUGAGACGGAAAACCAGAGGGUUGAACCGGAAAAAUAAAACAGUGAGCAAGGACAUCCAAGCAGCAGAUUUAGAUGGAUACUUUAUGUUCACCCCACCAAGAGAAGGAUACUUCUGUCCAUCUAGAAGAGGAAGAAAAGGAUAAUGGGGAGGAAGAUGAAGAGUGCAAGACAACAUCAGAGGAAUCAGAAGAGGAAUCAAAGGAGAAAGCCGAGGAGACUGAACCCCAGAAUAAGAAGGUUGAGGCCUGGGUCCCCACCUGCUACUCCAAGUGUGGGAAAGAGGUGUUUCACUAUGUAGGAGUGGAGAUCAGUGUCUUCGAGGGCUUUGAGACGAUAGGUGCUGUCACAUGGCCUGCGGCGUUGGCUCUCUGUCGCUACCUAGAGACCAACGUUGAGCAGUUUAAUCUGGUGGACAAGUCAUUGCUGGAACUAGGAGCAGGCCCUGGACUAGUGUCCAUUGUAGCCACACUCCUAGGUGCUUGGGUAACAGCUACAGACCUUCCAGAGAUUAUUGGUAACCUGAGAGCUAACCUGCUACGCAACACCAGAGGGCGCUGCAGGCACAUUCCCCAAGCAGCUGUCCUCUCCUGGGGUCCAGAUGUUGAACACACGUACCCGAAAUCCAUCUAUCACUAUGACUACGUGCUGGCAGCCGAUGUGGUGUAUCUCCAUGACUACCUGGAGGAUCUGUUGAUGACAAUGAAACACUUCUGCCGUCCAGGAACCACUCUGAUCUGGGCCAACAAGAUCCGCUUUAAGGCAGACUUGGGAUUCACUGAGAUCUUCAAGAAUGCCUUCAAUACCACCCUACUGGCUGAAAUGGGAGAGGUUAAGAUCUUCAUGGCCACAUGCAAAGAGACAGAGGAGUGCCUUUCACAAUACCCUGCUGGCUGAGAUAGGCAAGACUGAGGAGAUUGUGGCGUCACAGGAACUGUAGACAACACUGCACACAAAACCCUGGGUCUUAAUUAUCUUCCUCUGGGAAAGGCUUGGUUGGUAUGGUGCAUGAUAUUGGACAUUCAUGAUAAAGGGUUGUCAGUGGUUGAUGUUUGAUAUGAACUUCGCUGUACUUGCUACAGUAGUAGUCUGCACUAUAAUGACCUGCUUCAUUGUUUCGUUUUUUUACGCAAUUUGUUGUAUAGAGAAUUUAUGCAAUAUUUGUUUCAAACGUGUUCAUUCAGAAACAAAAUUAAACGUGUCCAGUUGU